CCAACACCUAUCGACGCCAUGGCCAAACUCACGUCCACUCGCAGUACGCGAGGUCCUCACCGCUCUAAAUCAUCCUCCCAACCCAAACCCUCUCACCCCCCGCAGGAGCACUCAACUCACAGACAGAAACGCAGAAAGCAGAUUAUCCGAUUUGCUGCUGGACGCGUCAAGCAUCAGCAAUGGGCAUCGAUCGCCCGCCAGACCGCAGCGAUUGCACUUGGUGAUGGCAAGUACGUAGAGAACCUGCGUUGCAGUGUCCCUGCCGUGUCUUCAUCGCCCAUUGCUGAUUCCCCAGAGACCUCACAGUUGCAGCGUAGCCUGAGCACUUGGCAUGUUGUGCACGACAUAUCAUCCCAGGUACGCUACAGCAACAGGGCGACUGUUUUUUAUCCCCACGAUUCCGAUGUCGUUCGUUCCUGGGUCACUCGCCCCGCCGCAUCGUCGUUAGUGGCGCCCAGAAGGACAGCGAUCGAGUUCUCAAAGUAUUCGGCCGUGAACAGGUCCCGCCGGCUUUACCUCGAUUCUGUGGCCUCACAGAAAACAACCCCCUAUCCCAUCCGUCAGACUACCAUCGGCGUGCUCACCUCUGCUUCUGUCCAUCGUCCAGGUGGGGCCUACCUCAGCGGCGGCACAGAACCAGAUGCGGUGUUGGCUCGCUCGACUUCCCUCGUUGCAUCCCUCAGCACCCCCGAGGCACGGCAGUUCUACUCUGAGAUGAAGAAAUAUACCAAGGAAUACGGCGCCGGUUUCUUCCCGCAUUCACUCGUCUAUUCCCCCUCUAUCGUCGGCUUCCGCAGAGACGACGACGAUCACUUUAACGUUCAGGACGAUGACUUUGAUCCUGAACUGGAUGCCAUUCCUGCCGACCCGACAACAGCGGAGCUCGAACUACCGCCUGCGGUGAAUGCUCAGAAUCAACGCGCGAUGGGGGAAUACGUAUCCCCGUAUCUCAUGAAUGUCGUCUCUGCUGUUCCAGUGAAUGCGAAUACCAUUCGCACCGCCUCAUCCCCUCCCCCUUUCCCCUCCAAUGAUUCUACAUCAUUCUCCCCGACGUCUACAGAAAUUGUCGAGGCAACCAUCCGGCAGACAGUCAAGGAUCGUCUUGGGCGCGCAUUGAGGCUCUUUGAGCUGCAUGGUGACCGUAAACUUGUUCUAGGAGCCUUUGGAUGCCGCGAAGGGUUGUCUGUCGAGGUCGUUGCUCAGAUCUAUGCCGAACUAUUGGCCUGUAAUGUAGGAGAGAAUGGAGAUGGCCGGUUCCGUGAUGUGUUCGAGAAGGUUGUUUUCUCGUUACCUGGCAAGCUGUGUGCCCCUUUCCGAACGGCGUUUCAGAUGCGAGUAUUCGAUGACGAGUUGAAUCGGGCGCUGGACGCGGUAGAGUUGUAAGUUAUUAUUUUCUCGGACAGGAUGAACGAUCUCUAUCGUUUUUCUUCUGCUGUUUGUUGUGUUAUUUAUACUGUGAGCAUGUACUCGUACUUAACAUUUUUCAAUCAUGGAAUAAACGGCGGAGUGAUUCUCGGUCAAUCUGGCCGAUGAAUCUCCGUCAGAACUCGUACC